AUGCCGCACCAAGCCCAUUCCAGUGGCUCGGGCGCCCGCCAAUGGGACCAGCCACAGCCCGUGGGCAGUCAGGCCGGCGAUGUGCCCUCGAAGCGCGACCUGACUUCGUGGUGGAGACAAUUCAAGCGCGGGAAUCCAAAGAAAGACGAGGACAAGGGUGGGUUCCUCCACCUCUGGAGGCGCAUGCGGACGACCUUCGUCAGGCUUCGCAUUCGCGCCGCGGCUGCUGUCAGUCGGCAAAUCGGCCGCCUGGCGAGAGCCGCCUUCCGGCCCCUCCAGAUUGCCUUUAGCGCUGUCACUUUGUGUCGUGAGCUGAUCGUUUUUUACUACGCAGAGCCAGAGAAGCCCCGGGGCAUUUUUGGGGUGCCUCUCCAAGACAGCAUCAAGUAUGCCAACGUCGCAAUCUCUCUGUUCAACGAGGAAGGCGAGAGCUACAUCUACGGCUACGUGCCCAUUGUCGUCGCGAAAUGCGGGGUCUUUCUCAAGGAAAAAGCUGUUGACGUGGAAGGUAUCUUCCGUCUGAGUGGAUCGGAGAAGCGCAUCAAAGAACUGCGAGAGGCGUUCAACUCGCCCGACCGCUACGGAAAGGGCCUUGACUGGACUGGAUACACUGUGCACGAUGCCGCCAAUAUUCUCCGCCGAUACUUCAACCAACUGCCCGAGCCCAUCAUUCCUUUGGAGUUUUAUGAGUUGUUCAGAGAUCCGCUGCGCAACCACCAGGCACAAGCCGUGGGCCCAAUGGACGGCCAGAAAGAGAGCAUUGGAGAGUUCGACAUGGACAAGGCGAUUCGAGUGUAUCAAAGACUCAUCACGGAGUUGCCUCCGCUCAACCGUCAGCUUCUCUUGUACAUUCUGGACCUUCUCGCCGUCUUUGCUUCCAAGUCCGACUUGAACAAGAUGACUACUGCGAACCUUGCCGCCAUCUUUCAGCCUGGAAUCCUGUCCCACCCUACUCACGACAUGGCCCCGCCGGAGUACCGUCUCAGCCAGGAUGUGCUGAUCUUUCUCAUCGAAAAUCAAGACAACUUUCUCAUCGGUAUGCAGGGUACCGAGGCCGAUCCCAAAACGGUCGAGGAGGUCGAGAGUGGGCCCUCAACCCCAUCAGGAAAAGCUCCAACUACACCGACCCGCUCCAAGACCACUGUCGGCAGAUCGUCAUCCAAUGCUAGCGCUGGUGCUGAAAGUGUCCGCAAGCAAGGAAUGAUCAGGAGGAAUGUGUCUGUGUCGUCCAGGAAAUCAAAGACUUCGAACAAUAUAGCCACGCCGAGCCCGGUCCAAACGCAAUUUUCAAGCGGCGUCCAUAGGAGCAAUACGGUGCCUUCCAAGAAAUCUCCGGCAAUUGCGGGAAAGCGAUUUUCCCGCGAACACAACGAGCAGAGUCCAGGCGGUCCCAGAUCGCCCGCUGUCGCCUCGAUCUCUAUUGCAGAGCCAGCCAGGCCGGUCGAGGCCUUCGGCCCUCCCACAAGGCCUUCCCACAUGAUCACGGCCCCUUCGAGUGAAGAUACCACUCCUCUGGCUGCCCCGCCAAGUGUGACCUCGUCGACCGGGCUUCUGCCCCAUGGUCAAGCUCCUCAUGCAACCAGCCUUCUGCCUCACAGCCAAACUCCGCAGAAGCCUAGAGCUGAGAGCUCGGAUCGAGAGGCUUCGGGAUUCCGUUCUUUCUCGAGCAUGUUCCAAUCGUCCCCCCAUUCCGAUAACGAGGCCAAGGAAAAGCGCAGGCCCAACAAGCUGCAGAAGAAGCGCGCUCCGAGCACCAAUCCAAGCGCGGCAAGCUCUACCAAUUCGCUCCAUGGAUCUCACGUUGGAGGACCACCAUCACCACUUCCAGGAGGAGUUGCGGCAGGUACGCCAGUCAAAGACCAAGGACCUCAUAUUGCACCGAUAGCUGAGAAUUCACCCUCAAAGGCAACAGCGAGCGCUAACCCGCUCGAACCCAGCAUGUCACCCAGCGCAUCCAUGCGUUCGCAUUCAACCGUCUCCGGCGGUUACUCGGAAGCUGAGCAUGGAGACGAUGUCGCCAGGGCUGAGAACGCUGAGAAGGAAAGGAAGCACGGCUGGCGCCUUUCUCACAGGAAAGAAGCCUCCAAGCCGGUGAACGAGAAUAAUUUCGGCUCUGUCUCAGGAGCCGAACAAAGCAUGAGCUCGGUCAGUUCCAAGGGCGGUCGCAAAAGCCUGAGUCUUGAUCCAACUGAAGCCUCGAGUUCGAAUCCCGCUUGGAACGAGAACAGAGAAGGAGACAAGAAAAACCCUUUUGACUGGUUCCGGGGUAAGAUUGCUGAGCGGAAGGAGCGAGAAGAAGCCAAGCAGCGUGCGAAGAGUCCACCUGGCAGUAUCGCCGACCCGAGCUCGCCUAGCUCUGAAAGGUCCGGGCAUCGAUCAACAUCGAGCUUGGCUGCCUUGACGCAUCAUCGCAGAGGUCGCUCGGUUGAACAAUUGCCUCGGCCCAUGCAGUCGUCGCCGCCGGCUCUACUCGAGGCAAAGGAGGAAGCAAAGCCGGUAGGCCUCACCCCUCCCACGAUCGAGUCAGAGGAGGUUACGCCGACGCAAACGCCGGGUAGUGCGAGCACAGUUCCUUCUGCGUCUCCGUUAGUGACAGUGAACCCGGCGACUCCCGCUGAGACCACUGCUCCGGAGAUUUUUCCUACGGAAGGCCCUGCGGCUGCUUCUGCGAUGCAAGGCGCGCCUUCUCCUCCUCUCUUCGCGCCUGCCCCUUCAGCGCCCGCCCCAGCGGCGCCUGCUAACGGAGCGCCUGAUCAUGUAACACCUGCCCAGGCUGCACCUGCUCGGCCGACACCUGAAGGGGAAUCUACGGUCUCGCGCCCUCAGUCGCCCAGGCAACAGCAAACAGUCCGGUCCAUGCUGGACGUCUAG